AUGUCUUUUAUAAAUAUUUGUCGUGAUAACACCGAUCCCUUCUACAGGUACAAAAUGCCUCCUCUUCAAUCCAAGACCGAAGGUAGAGGUAAUGGUAUCAAGACCGCUAUUGUCAACUUAGGUGAGGUUUCACGUGCGUUGAACCGUCCCCCAGCUUACUUGGUCAAGUUUUUCGGAUAUGAAUUAGGUGCUCAGACCCAAAUUCAAACUGAUCGUUAUUUAGUCAAUGGUGCACAUGAUACUUCAGAAUUACAAGAUUCCUUGGAUGGAUUCAUUAAUAAGUUUGUCCUUUGUGGAUCUUGUAAGAAUCCAGAGACGGAAAUUGUCCUCAAGGGUAAAGAUACUUUGGAAAGAGAUUGUAAAGCUUGUGGUAAAGUCACUAUUAUUGAUCCAAAACAUAAAUUGUAUUCAUAUAUUGUCAAGAACCCACCAGACAAUAAAAAGGGUAAAAAAUCCGCUACUGCAACUGCUAAUGUUGUUGGUGGAGGUAAAUCAAUUUCUGACAUUGCAGCUGGUCAUGAUUCAAAUGAUGUCAGUCAAAAUGGCAUUGGAGAGGGAGAAGGCCAGGAUGAUGAUGAAGAUGAUGAUUUGUUGGCUAAAAAAAUCAAUGCUGAAGCUGCCAUGUUGCAAGAUUUGAAAAUUAAGGAUGAUGAAUGGGCAGUUGAUAUGAGUGAAGAAGCAGUUGCUGCAAGGGCUAGAGAAUUGGAAGCAUUUGAUUCUUCAAAUGCGUAUGAACAAUUGGGUGAAUGGUUAUUGUCUGAAUCCGACAACAAUGUCGCUAAUUUACCUUCUGAUGUUGAAAUUUAUAAGAAAAUUGUUGAAUUAGAUCUUGUUGAAUCUCCAGCAACAUUACAAGUUCUCGCACAAACGUUGUUCGAUUCCCAAAUUCUAGAUCAAAUUGAACCCCACGUUGGUCUCUUGACGAAGUUAAUCAAUGGUGAUGAAGAAUUUGAAAAAUCGUUACUUGGUGGAUUAGAAAGAUUAAUUGGAUUACUGUACCCUAAUGAAUUAGUCCCUCAAACUCCCAAGAUCUUGCAUGCAUUUUAUGAUCGUGAUUUGAUUAGUGAAGAAGUUAUUAUUCGUUGGGGUUCAAAAGUAUCCAAGAAGUAUGUGCCUAAGGAUGUUUCUAAAAAAGUUAGAAAAGCUGCCAAGCCUUUUGUUCAAUGGUUACAAGAAGCUGAGGAAGAAAGUGAUGAAGAAUAG